AGAGUCGAGUCGCGCUGGCCGGACUGUACACACCGGUCUCCGCGCGCGGAACCUCGCGCGGCGCGGCUAGAAAGGUUCUACUGGGCGUGACUCUUGUAUCGUCCUCGUGAAACGUGUUAAACUUUUUUGGAGCUGCCAUGGCCUAUUCUACAAUUGGUCGAGGGGUCUAGACCACCAAGAUAGGUAGUUGUUAGUUCCUGACAGGUAACCCUACACUCUCCCGGUAAAAAAAAAAAGUGCUUCGCCCAUUGCUUGUUCUUCAGUCAUGACCCCUUCUUACGAGUGAUAGUGUUUGAAGACCCGGUUGUGUUAGCUCAUCGUUACGCGGUUCACUCCGGCGUGGUCGACCUUGUGUGCAUCUAGUGCUGGUUGUGGGCGGAAGCCAAUAACAAUUCAAUCGAUUUAAAAAAAAAAACGUUUUGUAGCUGUACGGUGUCUUUAGACUUCUCGAGUGCACGAAAGCUUCACGAGGUGGUGCCUGUGUACUGGUGAAGCGGUGGAGGUAGGGCCAAUUCGACUUCGCCACGGCUCUACUGGCGGGCAGGCUAAUCAAGGAUCGUGAAGUGUGAGGGCGUGAGAAGAAGGCGGACCGUGCUGAGGUUCGUUAAGUACGCUCUGCACCGCGCAGACAGCCAUGGACUACAAGAUGGAGCCCCUGCGGUUCGCGCCGGCCAGCGAUGACGACCUGUACUCGGGGUACAACGAGUACCCGUCAGCCUUCAGCACCAAGGACCUGGAGCAGGACGAGGUGUUCCAGGAGGCAAUUCGCACCAGCUACGGCAGGAGGCCGAUCGUAACGCCUAAACCCGGAACUGCCAUGCGACUGGGGACCUCGUCCGGGUACCGCGAAGGCACGAGCUUCAUCUCCCGACAAGCCACCGCGGUCCAGGACGGGUUCAGGCGCCCGAUGACGGCGGUCCGUGGGGCGGGCUACACUUCCCAGAGGCCGGGCACUGCGUUCGACCCCCUGAACCAAGCCAUGAAAGGCCCUUCACCGCAGCUAGAGACGAAGAAAGAAGAACUGCCGGAGGAGCGGAUAAAGAAGCUGGAGCGACGGAUCACGGAGCUGAUCGAAGAGUCGUGCCUGGCCGGCGGGCGUGGGGAGAGCAAGGCGGCCUUGGAGCUGGCGAAGGAGGCGUCCGCGAAGGAGCGCAGCCUCAUACGGCUGCACGAGCAGGCAGGACUCAGCGAGUCCCACAACCUGGACCUCACCUUCUCCGUGCUGUUCAACCUGGCAAUGCAGUACGAAGGCAACGACAUGUACUCGGAGGCUCUGAACACGUACCAGGCGAUCACCAAGAACCGCAUGUUCACCAACGGCAGCCGCCUCAAGGUGAACAUGGGCAACAUCUACUUCAGGCUCGGCCAGUUCCCCAAGGCCGUGAAGAUGUACCGCAUGGCGCUGGACCAGGUGCCCAACACACACAAGUACCUCAGGGUGAAGAUAAUGCAUAAUAUCGGGGUCCUUUUUGUGAAGAUGGGGCAAUUCAGCGAGGCCUGCUCAAGUUUUGAGUACAUCAUACAAGAGAAACCAGACUUCAAGAGUGGUCUUCAUGCUAUCCUCUGCUACUAUGCGCUCAACGACAAAGACAAGAUGAAACGAGGGUUCCAGUUGCUGCUGGAAGUACCUCUAAACAUUGAUGAUGAGGAGAAGUACACUGCCACAUCUGAUGACCCGGCCGCCAACCUGGUGCUCGAGGCCAUCAAGAACGACAGCUUGCGGCAGAUGGAGCGACAGAUGAAGCAGGAGGCUGAGAGGAGCAUCCUCACCGCUGCCAAGUUGAUCUCCCCAGUCAUCGAGGAUACCUUCACUGCAGGCUACAACUGGUGCGUUGAGACCAUCAAGGUGUCGAACUACGCACCUCUAGCCAGUGACCUGGAAGUCAACAAGGCAGUUAUGUUCUUGAAACAGAAGAACAUCAAUCAAGCUGUGGAAACACUCAAAGUGUUUGAGAAGAAAGAGAGCAAAGUGGCCAGCUCAGCAUCCACAAACCUUGCAUUCAUCCACUACUUGCAAGGGGACACGGAGACGGCGGAGAGGUACGGGGAGCAGGCCCGGGAGGCGGACAGCUACAACUCGGCUGCGUUCGUGAACCUCGGCAGCUGUAGCCUGGCCAAGGGUGACCUGGAGAAGGCCAAGGAGUUGUUCAUGUGCGCCUUGGACAACGACGCCUCCUGCGUCGAGGCCCUCUACGACCUGGGUCUGGUGAACAAACAGCUGCAGCUGUACGAGGAAGCCCUGGACUGCUUUUUGAAGCUGCAGGCGAUAGUGCGGCAGCAUCCCCAGGUGCUGUACCAAGUAGCUCAUCUGUACGAGCUCACGGGCGACAUGGACCAGGCCACUGAAUGGUACCACCAGCUGCUGGGGGUGGUGCCCAGCGACCCGGUGGUGCUCCAGAAGAUGGGCGAGCUGUGCGAUGCGGAGGGAGACAAGCAGCAGGCCUACCAGUACCACUACGACUCUUUCCGACACUACCCGUCGAACCUGUCGGUGCUGAACUGGCUGGGGACGCACUUCGUGGAGCUGCGGGCGCCCAGCAAGGCCGUCGGCUACUUCGAGCGAGCAGCCCUGGUGCAGCCGAGCGAGGUGAAGUGGCCGCUCCUGGUGGCGUCCUGCCAGCGCCGGGCAGGCGACUACCACCAGGCCCUCGCCACGCUGAAGGACAUACACCGCAACUUCCCGGACAACAUCGAUUGCUUGAAAAUCCUGGUGCGCCUGUGCACAGACUUGGGUCUGAAGGAAGCCACGGACUAUGCCGUGGAACUGCGCAGAGCUGAGAAAGCCAAAGAUGUCCGUGAGCGAAUUGGCAGCAGCAGACCAGGUUCCUUGCGCAGCGGGAGCAGCAAGUCGUCGCGCGGCAGCCCGCUGAGCGACAGGGGCAGUCCCGUGCAGGCCCAGCCGCGCGGGUCGUCUGGGGCCACGGGCCGUCUCAGCAAGCUGUCCCUGGUGGAGUCCGACGGCGAGGCGUAUGCACCAUCACACACCAAAAUAGAUGCGAGCUACAGCGACCCACUGGGGCCUGUGGCAGAGCGGCCCCGCACGUCAGCUGGCCGCAAACCCCCACCUGACGAAGAGUUUGCGGACGAUGAGCUAGGAGACGACCUGCUGCCUGAGUGACCCCACCACCGCUCGCUCGGCACUGCUCAAACACUCUAGUCAGUGUUCUGGUCAACACAUGAGCACGCAUCUGCACAUUUUGUAUUUACUUGUCUUUAAUUAAUUUGAAUGUCACAAUAAAAGAUGUAAUGUAAAGAAAAAAAUAAUACUUGAUAUCUUCAA